AUGGAACGAUCACCAUCACUAGAAGCUCUCUUUUCUCCUCCUCUUCUUGACACCACCGAUACUUUCACUACUCCCACGACAACCACCACCAAAAUCACACCACCAACUUACACAGCAACCGAAGUUUCAUACAUGAUAAGAGUCUUCCAAAGCGAAGCUAAUUUCCUUACUCAACAUGGUUUUAACAUCUCAAACCCGACUGAAAGAGCGGUGGGACCCACACUUCUUAAAGUUCUUAUGGGGGCGCCCAAUGCUGCCGAGAAUCUAGCGGAGGUGGCGAGAGUUCUUGGGGGGAAUAGUUUUAGUCUUGAUGAUCUGAAUGCUGAGGAAGAAGAACUGUUGGAUAUCGAUCCUAACCUCAUGAACGAUAUGGAGAUAGAAAUCGAACCUCUAGACAUGACAGAUCAAACAAUCAUUCCGAAAUCCGGAGCCUACAACCCCCGCCACCGAGCCAUCCAAUACCGUCUCCUCCCCUUCGAAGACGACUUCAAAACCAACUGGAUCCUCUCCCCAACAACCCACGUCCAUAGCACUAACAACGCUAGCUGGUUUAAAACAUUCUUUAGCUUCAACGCCAUGACAAACCAAGGCGAUACCGUCACGGGAGGCGGUAGCGUCGAUCUCCCCAUUAUCACAAACCGAGGUGUAGCGAUAGUUACACUACAAAAUGUAAUUUACACGCCACUAGCAAUUUGUAACGUCUUCGGUGGAGGAGGAGGAGAAGAUAUUGGACUUUUUGGGUUCGAACCACCUACUUCGUUUGAAGGGAGUAAUAAUAAUAAUAAUGGGGGAUGUGGGAAGAUGUUUAUGAAUCGUAAUAGAAGUGUUUGGAGCUGGUUGGAGGGGAUUGGCAAUCCGUAUGAUGAUGAUAAGGAGGGUGAAAGAUCAUGGAUGAGGUUGAAGAUUGUGGGACAACAGAAUGGGAGAGGAAGGGUUGGGAUACCUAGUGAGAAUAGUAGAUAUUCUCUUUCUAAACCUGUGGUUAAUAGGGUGGGGAAGAUUAUGGAAUUGAAGUGGACGGAGGAUAUGUUUAGGACUAUGAAGAAUGGAGGGGUGUUUAGGAUUGAAGGCGAAUUGGCGAAUGCGGAUUUGCUUAGAUUUGAUAUGGCGCUGGUGGAGGAUGAGUAUAGAAGGUGUAAGGAUGGAUUGGAGGCUAUUGGGGUUGAUGUUGAUGGGAUUUAG